GAGGGAAUGGAUCUGACUCCAGACACCACGUGUUGGAGUCGCAUCAGCGCAAUAAUUGCCGGGCGCUCGAGCUAUAUAAACCACAAAAAGCCUGAGCACGGGAAACCCCGGCCUCCAAACACUAACCACAUUUACGGCUACAAAAACGGGAUCCGUUUUUCCGCCUCCUUCAUCUCACCGGCGAUGAUUUUUUUUCUUCUUUUUCUCCCUCUCUCUCUCUCUCUCUUCAUCAACCUAUUUAACCCUCUAUGCAAAAGCAGCGGCUGCGCCGGAAGACUUGACUGAAAUUAUGAACAAUUUACAGGCGUCGCGGGAUUAGAAAUAGUCCUGUUAUGUAUUGUUAAAGCGCACUGCUUUGACUUUGAAAACUUUUUUUUGUGUGUGCGCGCGAGUGCGCCUGUGUGUACUUAGCCCGCGGGCUUCCAGAGCGCCUUUCAGUUUUGGCACAAAGACUUCAAUGACGCACCUGGAGCAGCGCUUUAACUUCUCGCUAAAGAGAGACACACAAAAAGUUUUCCCGAGCAUCUGGGCCGGCCGUUCCGUUUUAGAUCCGCUGUUUUUGUAACUGCGCAGUCCAUUACGCGCCCGGACAUUUAUUUGAUGUUAUUUAUAUCCGCGCACGAGCAGCUACGCCUGCGUUAUGGCACACGGACUCUUCCCCCCGAGAACUUUGAAAAAAGAGCUUGUCAUUUAAAACAUCAUCAACUUUUCACGGCUUGUUUUUCUUUGCCGGAGACGUCUAUUUUAUGUCGUUUGAAGGCGCCCACUGAAGUUUGCAUAGUGGAGAGAGUUUGGAGACCUGGUGCGCGCUCACACGGUCCCAUUUUCCGUUGGCAGAGUCGCUGAGGUUGAGCGAGCGGCGGCGCACAGCGCGAAGAGAGAGCCGGAGCGGAGCUGGAGAGCCUUCCCUGCCUCUUCCGAUAACCCCCGCUGUUGUGAUGCGAAUUCCCGUAGAUCCCAGCGCCAGUCGGAGGUUCAGUCCGCCCUCCAGUAGCCUCCAGCCGGUCCCAGGGAAGAUGAACGAUGUGAGCUCUCCAGCCGGGCAGCCGGACGCGGCGGCGGCGGUGCCGAGACUGCGCCCGCACGAGAACCGCAGCAUGGCGGAGAUCAUCGCGGACCACCCGGCCGAGCUGGUCCGGACCGACAGCCCCAACUUUCUGUGCUCGGUGCUGCCCUCCCACUGGCGGUGCAACAAGACGCUGCCCGUCGCCUUCAAGGUGGUGGCCCUGGGAGACAUCCCCGACGGGACCGUCGUCACCGUGAUGGCGGGCAACGACGAGAACUACUCCGCCGAGCUGCGGAACGCCUCGGGCGUGAUGAAGAACCAGGUGGCGCGCUUCAACGACCUGCGCUUCGUGGGCCGCAGCGGCAGAGGCAAGAGCUUCACGCUGACAAUCACAGUAUUCACCAACCCGCCACAAGUGGCCACUUACCACCGAGCCAUAAAGGUCACCGUGGACGGACCGCGUGAGCCCAGACGGCAUCGCCAGAAGCUGGAGGACCCUCCCAAAACGGGCCUGUUCUCGGACCGCCUCAGCGAGCUGGAGAGGAUGAGGGUGAGGGUGGCGGUUCCCACCCAGGCGCCGCGGCCGACCCUCAACACGGCGGCCAACUCCUUCAAUCCGCAGGGACAGACGCAGAUCACAGACCCUCGCCAGUCCCAGUCCUCUCCUCCCUGGUCAUACGAACAGACGUAUCCGUCCUACCUGAGUCCCAUGGCGUCCCCCUCAGUCCACUCCACCACCCCCCUGUCCUCCAGCCGAGGCACCGGCCUGCCCGCCAUCAGUGACGUGCCUAGACGAUUGCCAGGUUCCUCCGACCUGAGCCCGUUCCCCGGCCAGUUCGAGCGCCAGUUCCCCGGCCUCUCCUCGCUGACCGAGAGCCGCUUCACCGGCCCGCGCAUGCACUACCCGGCCACCUUCACCUACACGCCGCCCGUCACCUCGGCCAUGUCGCUGAGCAGCGCCCACUACCACACCUACCUGCCCCCGCCCUACCCCGGCUCCACCCAGAGCCAGAGCGGACCCUUCCAGACCAGCAGCACGCCCUAUCUCUACUACGGCACCUCCUCCAACACGUACCAGUUCUCCAUGGUCCCCGGCGGCGACCGCUCGCCGUCCCGGAUGGUCCCGCCUUGCACUAGCGCCUCCACCGGCACCUCCCUGGUCAACCCCAACCUGCCCAGCCAGACGGACGGCGGCGUGGACGGCGACGGGAGCCACAGCAACUCCCCGACCGUCCUCAACCCGGGGGGCCGCAUGGACGAGGCCGUCUGGAGGCCAUAUUGAAGAAAAAAAAAAAACGCCGAGAGAUUAAACCAACUGAUGUCACGGUUUGAAAGCACAAAAAAAAAAUAAAAAAUUUCGCCCCGUUUUUUUUAAGACGGAAAGGGGAUUUUUGAACUCUACCUUCAGCCCGGAAAUUAAUGUAGAGAUAAAACACACACACACACA